AUGGACCCUGCCUCUCUAAGCUUCGGAAUUGUGUCACUAGCAAUGCAGCUGGUGCAGACAGCAAAGGCCGUCAAGGAAUUCAUCGCACACUACAAGUCAGCGGCGAAAGAGCUCGAAAGUCUCGCCGACAAGCUUGAUGAUAUUGAACCCAUUUGUUGCUCCUUGGAAAUCAUUCUUUCAGAUAGAAUCCAAAGGCUCACCACGCUGGAAGUCAAUCUUCUUAAGAAGUUGAGUCGUAUUAUUCAGCAAUGUCUAUCUAAAGUUUCCGACAUCCAUAGCAUUCUUAAUACAAUCUCAAGAAUGCAGAAGAAUACCCGCAAUCCCUUGAAGACUGUUGGAGCCCUAUUUCUACGCCAUAAAGAUCAGAUUCGUCUCGCCACAAUUGGACUGGACCGUUGUCUUUCCUCGCUUCAGCUGCACAUGACGGCAAAUAUUCUGGCUGUGACUAUGACGUCUCACGAGGCUGUCCGGAGCCCUUUGCAAACCACAACUAGUUCAACCGCUAGAGAUCUACGAGAGGGGCCACAUGUCAGAGACCUCGAGCAAUGUGAUGGUCAUCACGCGCGUCAAAAAAGCCAAGAAACUGUCGUCGAUACAUGGAGAAAAGCCUGGAACACAAAGGCAUUUGUACAAUGGACAAGAAAAACAACCAAGGAAGAAUCCUCAUUCGACACAAGCUCAUCAACAAUUCAGGAUGAUUCUUUCUUCACGAUAGGUUCUACAUUGCUAGGUUUGUACGUCAAAGUAUCGCUACGGCGUGGUAACCUCGCCCCGUUCUGUAUCACUCUACAGAUACCGCGAGUUAUUUACUUCGAGCAAGGCCAGCGACAGAUUGGCGACAAGAUUGAAUGCGCUUUUAUGGAUGACAAUUUAGGUCAAAUCAAGACAUAUUUUACUCAAGGCAUCUUAACACCUUCAACAGUCAUUGCCUGGGACGAAUAUGAUCCUGAUAAUGAAACUUCUCUUCUAGGCCUUGCGGCCUUGACAAAAGCGAAGUCAAUUCUUAAAUUUCUCGCAACGCAAACGUUUGACCCAUCCAGCAGAAACCAUAUUGGCAGUGCAAGGUAUUUGUACGCUUUUAACGGGGAAGAUGGACCUAGAUGCGUCCUAGAAUACAUCAAGAUACGUCGAGACUCCAUUCUGGCGUCCGAAUUUCACAUGAUCCUACGAGGUAUUGAAGAUCCCUACAACGCACAGAUAUGCGUAGAAGCAUGCAAGCCCCAUUUCCCGAGUAACAUGGUGGCUUUCAACACUUCGGUCUGGAGAUACGCCAUGAAACAGUUCAGGCACGACUCGAGAGUAAACACCGAAGGAUGGGCAGGACUUAUCGCAGACUGUGUCUCCAGAGGGUUGGACAUCCAUCAACAGCUUCGAGGCAACACUGACUUCAGUGCCUUGAAAGAUAUCCUGUUUUACAAUUGGGACACUGAUGAGAUAUUGGAAAAUGUGCAUCGAUGGAUAGACAUUUUGGAGGAAGCUGGCGUUAACAUCAAGGAAUAUCUCAUGGUCGAGACGGAGUGCUGCUUUGCAACGUGGCGCGAUACGCCAUAUUGGAUUAACAUGAAACUUGGUUGCUCGAACUACAGACGCGUCUUAUUCAUCAAGGAGUCAAAGGGUCGACAAUUUCCAUUUUGGGCCCUUUCAGUCCAUGAUGAAUGCACUGCUAAGGAAUUGUUGACGGAACAUGAACACUUUGCGAUGCCACUCACAUUAUACCCAGGAGGCUCGACACAAGCAUACAUUGUACAGCAUGAAGCUUGGAAACAACGUCAAACCUUGGCGGCUCCGGACGGAUCUGAUAGACAUCGAAAAGGAUGGCCUUUUUGGCUUCCUCUUCGUUACUACAACGACUAUAGUUCAGAUGAGACAGAAUGGGUGGAUCGGGAAUUGCAAAAGGCCCAAAAACGUCACACACCUGACGAGGAGCCCAACAUCAUAUCAUUACUCCUCGAGAUACAGAAAUGCAGAAUCCCGCAGCAAAAGAUGAUAUGGAUCGUCGAGAACCUCGAAUGUCUCGGCCGACGACAAUCCAAGAAGAGAAAGAUUACUCAAGAUGACGAUGAAAAGUCCGAGACACCUUAUUGGUUCAGAAAAACUGUCAACGGAUUCACAGACAGUGAUUUUGUUGCGCUCUCGUACACUUGGGACGCUUCCGAGCACGAGACGCAAAAUUCAUCGAAACAGGGUCAUAAAAUCGAGACAAGGGAUGGGCAAGGAGCUUGGCGCUCCUCAGUACGAAAUUCAGUGCUUGAACGGAUCACCAAGUACAUGCUGUGCCAUGACGUGCCGCUUCUGUGGAUCGAUCGGCAUAGUAUCCCACAGAAGAAAUGCAAGCAGUCAGCAUGCACACAUGCUGAGUGCCGACAAAAGAGGCACGCUCUCGAUGCAAUGGACCGUGUUUACUCACUGAGCGAUCAUCCUGUUGCGCUACUUGGCCGCCCGAUCCAAGAUGAGGAUGAGAUGAGGACCCUCUCUUCGAUACUCAAAGGUGCCCUUGUCAAGUACCACGAGGGCGAGUUCGCGCUGUCUAAGGGCGCAGAGUAUAGUCAGGCGCAUAAAAUGCUAUGCCUGAUAUACGAAAUCACUCGCGAUAAAUGGUGGACAAGAGCGUGGACGUUCCAGGAGAACUACAGAGCUGGCCUCCAAAUGACGCUUCUGAUCCAUCACAGCGCCGACUUUGAGGACACAAAACGGUCGAUACUCAGCGGCAAGAAACCAAUGUUUGGUGUAGUACCUGGCGAGCUGAGUGUCCAGUCUGCCAGGUUCUCAGAAAGUGCCACUAAAUUUUGUCUGGCCUUUCGCCGACAUCACUUUGUGACAACUGAGGAUGAGGAAAUGAUUGAUCAUAUACUGGCGACUGCUGGAAAGUAUACCAUAUUGUUGCCGCUUUCAAGCUCCAUGUCUGGAACGAUUGUUUCAGACGUUCGAAAACGAGGUGUGAAAGAGCCAUGGGACUGUCUAGCCAUCAUCGCCAACUGCUGCCAAUACGCGACACGUCUCAAUAGUACGCGGCUUCAACACAGCGGUGUAAACCUAGACCUCGCGAUACUGGCCCUUCGGCUCGUGAACGGCGAGAUACUCAAAAACGAUGAGCCACCUGUGUCAGAGCAUGAGCCAAUGGUUGAGCAGAUCAACGGCCUUUUCUUUGACGACUUUAGAGCUCCCAAGGGCGCCAAAAGGCUGACUUUUAACAAGAGCUGUCGCUUCGUCGAUGUCAACUUCACUAAACCUGGGAUAGUCACGAGAGGUCAUCUCUGGGAGUUAGACGAUACUCUUCGAGCGCCGCGGUCAUUGCCACGCUUAUCACAGCCAAAUCGGAAAGGCGAACAGCAACUAUCAGAUUAUGAGCGCACCCUGGAUGAUGUGACGGACUUUCUCGAGGAAGAUGCCUUUGUUGUAGAUGAGGAGUCUUUCAGCCUGCGGUAUCGAAGAUGUAUGGCAAAGGAACUCGUCAGAGCAAUGGAUGCAGAUCAACCUUUAAAACUGGGCUAUCUAUGCGACCCAUCUGGAGAGGCUACAAUAGCACGCGCGAUAUUCAUGCGCAAUCGAAAUCUCGAUGAGUCAGACGAGCUUUUCAGCCGGCAAGAGGAUGAUCUCACCCAUGUCUUCACGUCGCUCUGGUCAGAAGACCAGCCAGAUGAGGAGUAUCUUGCAAACGACCUCGACCACCACGUGUCUCUUGGGGUUCGGCUUUCAAAUGACAACGGACCACUGCUUUUGUAUACUAAGGAGUGGGUUGUUGGUUUAUGCUUCUUCGUCGGUGCUCCAACUUACGAAGUCAUAUUUCCGUGGCCUGGACCGUUAUCACGGUAG